GGCUAAACAUGUGUCCAGACCCACACCUCAUUCUGUUCACCAUUCGCUACAGUCCCGUGGACCUUAAAGAUGUUGUACGGAGGUUCAGGAAAUUCAGGAGUCUGUGUGACGAUGACUUUAUUAGGCAGAGGCUCGUGGUGCUCUUCACGUUCGGAGACGAGAAAACACCGAGUGAGAAGGAACUCCAGAACACUCCUCAUGCAAUUUUACAGGAGAUUCUAGACUACGCCGGCCAUCGCUACGUCAUCUUUGACCCCACACUCGGGGUCAGCGAGCAACAGAAGCGUGUCGACCAGGUGUUGUGCUACCUUGAUGAGUUAAGCCAUGAAAGAGAUCUUAGGCGACAAGAAAAGGACAAACAAAAUCUUAAAGUGCUGAUCAUCGGCAAAACUGGAAACGGAAAAAGCACGGUGGGCAACUCCAUUCUGAACAAGAAUGUCUUUCAUGUCAGCACUGGGCUGUCCUCAUCCUGUACAAAAGAGGAAAGCAGGAGUGGUUGUAGACAAGGCAAAAAUAUUACAGUGAUUGAAACUCCUGAUGUCAGCAAUCUUACUCUGGAAGAUAAAGCUGCAGAUGAUGAAAUAAAAAAGUGGUCGGAGUUCGAUCCUGACCUCAUCUUGCUGGCCAUUCGCUGUGAUGUCCGCUAUACACAAGAGGAAUAUCAGAUAUACAAACGGAUAAAGAGGGUUCUCAGGGAACAAUUCGUCUGUCCAAGGUUAGCUGUGGCCUUCACCUUCGGGGACAGGCUAAACACAAACAUAGAGGAUGAGCUGAAAUCAGUUAAUCCAGAACUACAGGAUGUUCUGACUGAAGCAAGACAACAGUAUGUUGUGUUCAGCAUUGAGGAUCAAGAAGAGAAUAAAGAGAAACAUUUUAGCAAAAUCCUUGACUUUGUGCCAGAAAAAGGCAAGCAGAAAACGUGUGCUGAAAAUCUCCUGUCGGAGUCUACACCUGAGCUGCCCCAGGAAGACUGCCAUCACAUCCAUAAAGACAACACAACCCAUGCCAGCAAACGACAACUCUCUUUGUUUCCUGAUGAACCACGACAUAACAUUAACGUACUGAUCAUCGGCAAGACUGGAAAUGGAAAGAGCACAGUGGGCAACUCUCUUCUGAACCACUCCGCCUUCUGUGUCACUAGAGGAUUUGCUUCAUCAACCACAAAACCUGAAACCCAAUCAGCUCAAAGAUACGGAGUCAACAUUACAGUGACUGACACUCCUGACCUCAGUAACAUGUCUGUCGAUGGGAAUGAUGUGGACAGAGGGAUCCAAAGCUGGCAGACAUUUCAACCUGAUGUCAUCUUGUUGACUAUCCGCUGUGAUGUACGCUAUACACCUGAAGAGUUCCAGAUUUACAAAGAGAUAAAGAAAAGUUUGAGAGAUGACUACCUCUGCCCCAGGCUGACCGUGGCCUUCACCUUUGGCGAACGACUGGACAGAGACAUCAGGGAUGAACUGAAGGACGUGUGCACAGAGUUGAAGCAGGUACUGGAGGACGCUGACGAUCGCUAUCUUGUGUUUAGAGAAGAGGAUGAUGAAGAAACCAAAAGGAAACAUAUUAUACACCUGAUGACCUUCGUACCUAAUCUUGAAAUUGAGGGCGAAGUAAAGAAGAUUCUCCUCCUUGGACCCCCUAAAAGCGGGAAGAGUUCAGGUGGCGAUGCCAUCGUAGGCAGACCAGUGUUUCAGGCCGGCACAGAGACUGUCAGGACGGUUAGUUACAUAACCUACGUUCACGACACCUGGUGUCAGGUAUUUGAUACACCGGGAAUAUCAAGGCCCGUUGAGGAGCAGUUAAGGAGUCUGUUGGAAGUGACCCGUCCCGGUCCACACGCCAUCUUCUACUUCGUCAGGGAGUCCAUUGCGACGACUGAAGACCUCGAACUGUUCAGACGAUUUCAAGACUUCAUCGAAGAAAACCUCAGGCAGCACGUGAAACUUGUUGCUGCUAAGGAUAUGGAGAGGGUACCUUCUGUUCCAAAGCCAUUUAAAGACAUGGAAUACAUUUUAUGUGAAAUGAAUAAAGAGGCGAAAGGCGGCCAAACAUUCUGGUUAAUCGAAAAUUUAACGCCAGAGCACAAGAACAAAUUAUUUUCAGAUCACAUUAAGGAAGUCCUUAAUUCAACGAAGGAAGCUUCAUAGCUUUGUGGUAGCAAACUCGAAAAAGAAAGCAAAUGAGUUUGCUAGAGUCUAUAAUUAAUGAGGAGUUACGUGACAGGUCAGUGGAGAAAAAUGUGAGAGAAAAAGGUUGUGUCCCUUGGUCUACAUAUGAUAAAAGAGGGGCCGACUAAAACUUGUCACUAGAGAGACAACGCUACCUGAUCUUUAUGCUUUUAAUUUACAAAUAAUUGAAAGGUAACUGCUUAAUCUUUGCUUUUGAAACUUUUUUAAUUCAAGUGAAUGCCUUUCCACAUAAUAGUCCAUCGUUUUAUUUCGAGAUAUCCCAAAAUGUACGCUUUCUUUAUGAAAGAGUUCAUUUGAUGCAUUUUAUAUACAUUCGUCUACUUUGCUAAAUAUUAGAUGACACCUUUUAUGCAAAGACUUCUCUUUACACAAAUGUUAUUUUGUGUGAUCAGUACGUAACAAAGUAUUUAUUUUUAGAUAUCGAUCAGAGCAAGAAUAAUGGACAAUGGGGUAGAUGAAUAAUAUUUCUGUUGUUGGCUUUUCAAAUUAUAGAGAACAUUGAGAACCUUUUCACUUCGAGUAACAUUGACCAUUAAAUAUUAUUUAUAAAAUGAGUUUUACUGACUAUAACUAUUUAUAACAUGAAGUUUUGUAAUAGAUAUUUUGAAAAUUCAACCAUGUUUAUGUCGCUUCAUGAUUUUUAAAUUCUGUACUCUCAGACACUCCUCACAAUUGUAUUCAAAUUGUUUUUCAAAUUAUUAAAGUUGUAUUCAAGUAUGUCUUUUGGGAAUACCAUAAAAAUUUAUCCUGGCGUAGCUAAACUGUUUUUUAUUACUGAGUUGUAAGUAACACAAUAUAUUUUAUUUCAUGUCAUAUUACAGCAAUUGAAACAAAAUUUUAAAAUAUCAAAUAAAAAAGAUGUCAAGUGUCCACCCUAUAGAUAAGAAACCGUAGUGUCGUUAGCCUUAAUAUUGUGCAAUAUAAAAUUCAAUUUAUGCACAUUUUAGUACACAUUUUCUGUCCGGUCUUUUGAUAUGGGCAGAGCCAAAGUGAAAGUAAAGGCAAAUAGAAUAUUAUUAUAUCUUAGAAAUAAAAUGUCUCCUUUCAGUUGAUUGCGUCAAUCAAGUAUUGUCUCUCUGGAAUAAAAGUCAUCACAAUUCUUGUAAAACAACAGUGAAAAAUAAAUUGAAAAGACUGGUUCUUUUGUUUAAAAAGGGAAGUUAAUUACAAAAUGAAUCGUCUAAUAUCUGUUGUUUACAGCCAUAGACUGCAAUAGAAAGUAGAAAAGCAUAACCUAUUUAUAGUUCACUCCAGUUUUAUUAUGAGCUGUACGCCUCUACUGCACGUUACCAAUGACAACGAAUCAUAUGAA